CCUUGAGAAGCAUAACCAAAACCAAAUCGUUUCCUUUACCUUCACGCUGCCAUUUAAACCUCUCUUCUCCUUUUCUAUGCAUUUAAAUCUCUCCAUAUUCAUACAACACUUCUGCUUCUGCUUUUGCCUCUGCCUGCCUCUGCCUCUGCCUCUGCCCCUGCCUUUGCUCUGUGCCUUGAUUCGCUUUCUCAUUGACUAUCCUUCUUCACUUAUUAUAUAGUCUUUCUUUUCUUCACUUCUCUCUCUCUCUCUCUCUUUAAAAUUAUCUUCUCCAAGAAACCAAAACAACACACGGGCUAAGAAGAAAAGUAACUUCUUUCUUUUUAUCUUUUUCACUACUUUUACUUUCUUUGAUCAUCUUUUUCAGUCUUUCUUGGGAUUUUACUACAUGGGUUCUUGUAAAGAUCAAGAAGAUAAACUAGCAAAGUGUGUGUUUGUUCAUGGGCCUAUUAUAGUAGGUGCAGGACCUUCUGGUUUAGCAGUUUCUGCUUGCCUUUCUCAACAAGGUGUACCCUCUUUGAUUCUUGAGCAAAGUGACUGUAUAGCUUCUUUAUGGCAACACAAAACCUACGAUCGUCUUAAACUCCAUCUUCCAAAACACUUUUGUGAGUUACCACUUCUUGGUUUUCCUGAAAACUUUCCCAAAUAUCCAACAAAGCACCAGUUCAUUGCUUACGUUGAGUCUUAUGCUUCACAUUUCUCAAUCCAACCACGGUUCAAGCAAGCUGUGCAGCAAGCUGUUUUUGAUCAUUCCGGUGGUUUCUGGAAGGUACAAACUCAGGAUUUUGAGUACAUUUCUAAAUGGCUUAUCAUUGCCACUGGUGAAAACGCUGAACCUGUGACACCUGAAAUUGCUGGGAUUGAGAAGUUUAAUGGCCCGGUUGUUCACACCAGCGAGUACAAGUCUGGCUCUGAGUUUAGAAACCAGAGGGUUUUGGUUGUUGGUUGUGGUAAUUCUGGCAUGGAAGUCAGUUUAGACCUUUGUAGAUACAAUGCAAUUCCUCAUAUGGUUGUUAGAAACACUGUACAUGUUCUGCCCAGAGAAAUGUUUGGUUUUUCAACAUUUGGUAUAGCCAUGACACUUCUUAAAUGGCUUCCUUUAAGGUUAGUAGACAAGAUACUACUGCUAAUUGCAAACCUCACCUUAGGCAACACAGAUCAAUUGGGUCUCCGGCGUCCCAAAACAGGUCCAAUUGAACUCAAAAACUUCACCGGAAAGACUCCGGUGCUGGAUGUUGGAGCACUCUCACAGAUAAAAUCCGGUAAAAUUAAGGUGAUGGAAGGUGUGAAAGAGAUAACAAAAAAUGUAGCCAGAUUCACGGAUGGACAAGAAAAGGAGAUUGAUGCUGUAAUCUUAGCAACAGGGUACAAAAGUAAUGUGCCUUCCUGGCUCAAGGGAAAUGAUUUUUUCACAAAAGAUGGGAUGCCAAAAACACCAUUUCCAGAUGGAUGGAAGGGAGAAAAUGGAUUAUAUACAGUUGGGUUUACAAGAAGAGGACUUCAAGGAACAAGUUAUGAUGCUGUUAAAAUUGCUCAAGAUAUUGCAGAGCAAUGGAGGACAAUCAAGGACUACAAAAAUACCCAUCAUGUUAUCCUACUUGCAAAAUCAUAGAAAAUCAAAUUUCAUGAUUAAGAAAGAAACAGAGAAAAUUUGGGAUAUUUUCUAGGUUUUUUUUUUUCUUUUUUUUUUUAG